AAUUUUAGGUGAGUCAUGCUAACUGCUGCUGAGAGAGCACCAAAACAAGGAUCGGGAGAGUUGCCAACAAUCUGGAAGCAAUUAUCUACCCAACAAAAACUAUUAUUAUUAUUAUUUGGUAGUCUUCUGCCGGCGCCGGUUUGUUCGGUUUCUUUUAUACAGUUAGAUAAUCCACAUCAUUUGAAUUAAAUUAAUGAUCGACUUUGGUGGAGAGAAAGGAAUGGUGGACGAACCAUAAGUAUCGAGUAGGAAUAAUAAGAAUAAUAGUAUAGGAAUCGCAGUGAUUGUAACGACCAUUGUGCGGUGGAAAAUUGAAAUCGUAACGACCGCAUCCACGAAAAAAGGUGGCUAAAGAUAGGAAUAUGGGUAAAAAGCAAUCGUUACGCAGCAAAGCAGCUCACUUUGUAUCUGAUCUCACCACUGUUCUUCUCAACCCGAUCUCUGAUAACCUAACCAACAACAACAACAACAAACCCUCUCCUCCUCUUGAGGAAGCGGGUGAAUUUGAAUCUGAAUCAAGAGGGAGUGAAUCAGAGGGUAUCCGUGAUUUAGUUGAUGGGCCUGAUACUUCGUCAUUUGCUGCAUUCCUCUAUUCUUUUUUGUCUUCCUCGGAUUCUGAUGACCAUGCUGAUCCGGAUGGGCAGGUUCAUCAUGAUAUAAUAACUGUUGCGGAUGAUCCUUUAUCAGACCUAGCCAUGAAGGAAAACGUUGUUGUUAAGAAGAGUUUGUUGUUUACUGCCAUUCACCAAGCCGCUAUUAUGGGUGGUUUUCUCGGCAACAAAAGGAAGCAUGAUGAUGGGAGCCGCUCUAACUCUUCUGAGGUAGAGAUGGGGAAGAUUCAGCUUGUCGAGAAGCAGCCUGUGACGGAUUUAGUUGAUGAGCCCCCUGAAACUUCGGAGCCUUCCAUGCUCAUCUCGGCUGAUGUAAGGAAUGCCAUGUAUGCUUCGCUUCCUAGUCUUGUUCAAGGGAGAAAAUGGAUGUUGCUAUACAGCACCUGGAGGCAUGGUGCAUCACUUGCAACUCUUUAUCGAAGGAGCAUGCUUUGGCCUGGAUUGAGUUUGUUGGUUGUUGGUGACCGUCAAGGAGCAGUAUUUGGUGGCCUGGUUGAAGCACCUCUUAGACCUUCCACCAAGAAAAAGUACCAGGGUACAAACAGUUCAUUUGUUUUCACAAAUACCUCCGGUCAUCCUGUUAUAUAUCGUCCAACAGGAAAAAAUCGCUACUUCACGCUUUGCACCAGUGACUUUCUAGCUAUUGGUGGAGGAAGUAAUUUUGCGCUUUAUUUGGAGGAUGAUCUAAUGCAUGGAUCAAGUUCAGUCUCAGAAACCUAUGGAAAUCCUUGCCUUGCACAUUCUAGAGAGUUUGAAGUGAAGGAAGUUGAGUUGUGGGGCUUUGUAUUUUCUUCACAGUAUGAGGAAAUAGUGGCAUUGAGCAAAACAGAGGCACCUGGGAUCUGUCAUUGGUGAAUAUCUCUGGUGUUUACAAGAUGUUAGUCUGAUAAUGCCUUGCUGUUUGUGUUCUAUUGGAUGGUUGUGUUGAGUCAUAAAACCAACAGUGUCCUGCUAGUACUGGGAUUGUGAUGGAGAAGUUUUAUGCGUCCACCCAUGUUAUCCAAAUGUAAAUAUUUGCAAGGACAGUACAGUGGUUCUUCUCCUUCACAAAAAUUUUCAAUUUUGUGUUUUCACACUUGAAGGGUGAUGGAGGAAAACCAAGGAUAGAACUCGUAUAGCUUGGCUAUUUUUUGAGUCUAGAACGGGAAUGUUAAUCGGGGAGAAGGUCUUAGGCAUUCAUAAACAGAGAUCCUUUGGUGGCUAAUUUCUAUUAUCCAUAGUUACUGUUGGCUAAUUGGCUUAACGGCAUUCUUUAUAGAAUCAAAACAACGAACUCCCUCUCUCAAGAUAGCGUGACUUCCAUUCUCUCGAUUAAUCCGAGAAUCUCGCCGCUUCAACUCCGCCACGAUCACCGACUGCUGUCUGCGUCUGUUCCCACCGCCCUCUCGUCCGCACAGUCCACCGCACAGCACUUGGUUUGCAGGAUCUUUGCGCCUCCAGCAAGGAUAGUGCGCAACCAGUUUGCCUUCUUCUUGAUGGCGACAUCGCAAGACGAACGUGCUUCAAGCGAGGGUCCUCCUUCAUGCACACCACCAAGCCAAAAUUAAUUAAUGGAGUGCGAUAUGGUUGAAUCGCUAGUUUGUGUUCCGUCUGCCGUUGCAUAGAAUUUUCAAACCAACAUAAAAACUUAUCCAGCGAUGUUAUAUUUUUUGACUUUAUUCUGAUCCUAUUUUUUCUUCAACAGAAAUUAGUCGAGACGCGAUGCUCACCUUGCUACAUUAACAACUUGUUUAUCCACCCACUUGGAACAACAUAAUUAGCACGCUAAGUUGGCCGAAAUUGAGGCCAUUGGUUUUGAUUUCCUGCAGCGGGUACCGCAAUGGCAUGUGAAGCAGAACAUCAUGCUCCAACUAGCUAGGGCCUAUGACGUGGAGUCAAACACUCUCAGCAGGGGACAUUCGCGUUACCGCCGAACUGAUCGGCAUACCUUCUUGAGGUUAGUCAAAGUUAUGUAACAUGUAAAAAUUCUUAUGCGUGGUUUUUGUUUUUCCUUUGUUGACACUGACUGAUUGUUGUACACUGCUUUAUUAACGCAGGGGACCCAAUCUCGGAAUUGCAGAAAAAAAUGCAUAGCAUUUGGCAAUUAAGAGAGAGUUUCAGAAGAAAACUACAACAUAACUGUGGGACUUUGUCUUUGCCUGUCCAAUGGAUACCGAGCAACAGAGGAUGACCUUUAGACGAUACUUUAUCAUGAUAGUUUUGAAGAUGUUUCUUAGCCCCACAAGCCAGCAGACUAUUUCUCCGUGACACCUCCCUCCGAUAUUGGAUGUCUCAAACCCAAGAAGAUUCCACUGGCCAUAUCAGAUAUUAAAGUGGUUGCGAGAUGCGAUAAGGAAAUUCCAAGACAAUAACCGGGAAACAUGCAGCGGGUGCAUGUUCGUGUUGCAACUAAAUUUUAAAAACAUGUACGACCUAAGGUGUAAGUCCUAAUAUUUAAGUUACUUGUGUAUAGGUUUUGUACUUUCAGCACUUAAAGCAUGGUCCGUUGCAUGCAUGUCAAGUACUCGAGCCUUGGAUUGUUGAAUGGACCGCUAAUAAACUUGAUAAGGCCGACCAUGUUAUCUCACAGGUUCAAUCUCUAAUAAUCUCAUUUUUAUAAUCAAAUUGAAUACAAAUGUCAUUAGAUGUUCACGUUAAUU